CGCUUUGUCUGUAGAUCAGUUGCAGCUGUUCUAUGGAGUGAGGCUCCUCUCUGACCUCUUCUUUUUCCCAGGUUAUUUGUCCAGCUGCCAUCGUCAUCAUGAAGCUGGAGAUACUUCUUGGUCUUGUUUCUCUGGUUCUGUCUCCUUUAGGAGGUGAAGCCAACAUCCAGGUCCACAAGAACGUUCUACUGCACGGAUCACUCAGGAUGUCUUAUUCUCCUUCCCAGAAGAUCGGAGCAAGUAAAUCAAUUAUCUGGAAGUUCGAUAAGAUCAAUGAACAAGUCACCAUACUGGACACUACUGAGAAACCACAUUAUGUAUAUGCCUCUAAGUUCAGGGAUCGGCUACAACCGUCUGAGAACCUACACACAUUGACCAUCGUGGAUCUGACUAUGGAAGAUGGUGGGAUGUACACCAUUGAUGUUGUAGAUUUAAAUGGAGUACGAGAAUCUUAUUCAUUUAAUGUCACCGUGUACGAGCCCGUUCCCCUUCCAAGUAUAAGGACUGAGGUGAAGGAGAACACCAAAGACACAUGCAAUGUUACUCUUCAUUGCUCUGUCCCAUCAAACACAUCAGAUUUCUCCUAUAGCUGGCAAUGCGGAGAUAGGAAAUCUGAUUGUCAGCAGUAUAAUAAUGGAAGAACAGUCCAGAUAUCCCUGAAGAACGACUCCAAGGACAUGGAGAUCCUGUGCAUAGUCCAGAACCCUGUGGACAAGAAGAAUGUCUCUUUCCACGUACAAAAAAUGUGUACGUUUACAGGUGAGAUUCUCUUCAGAAUGGCUGGAUUAUUAGGAUAAGGUCAUGGGUUGGGAGGUAUGGAA